CUUCCAGGGGCUGGCAGCUCGCCUGCUUGCCGUGAAGCGGAGGCAGCUGUAGCGGGAGCGCCCAGCGCCGCCGGGGCGGUGGGUCCGGGCUGUGAUCACCCGCUUCUUCCCUUCAUUUGCAUGUGCAUUGGAAUGGUGGUUGUUUUAAUCACUGCAGGAGUUAAACCGACCUCUCACAAACAUGGCAGAUGAGGACCUUAUUUUUCGUAUGGAAGGGAUUGAUAAUGCCAGAUCAACUACAGCCAGCUCUGGGAAUUAUCUCGAUGAUGAUAGUGAUGAUGAAGACAAUUAUUUUAUCUGCCCAAUAACUGAUGAUCCAGUUUCUAACAAGUCUGCCAGUAUCAAAGUUGACAAUUAUUAUAGCAACUUAGCAAAAACUGAACAGUACAGUUCAAGCUCUUCUCCUAGAAACUCGUUUAACUUUAAGAAUGACACACAGCAUCGUUCUAAGCAUGGCUCUGUGGUUGACCAUAGUCGGGAAGCCUGGAAACAUGCUAUUGAGAAAGCUAAGCACAUGCCUGAUCCAUGGGCAGAAUUUCAUCUUGAGGACAUUAAGACAGAACAUGCAACUCGUUACAGGUACAAUGCAGUUACUGGGGACUGGGUUGAAGAUGAAGUCCUCAUCAAGAUGGCUUCGCAACCUUUUGGUCGUGGAGCAAUGCGGGAGUGUUUCAGAACGAAAAAGCUGUCGAACUUCUUACACAUGCAGAACUGGAAAGGUGCCUAUAACUAUGUUGCCAAGCAAUACAUAGAGAGUGUGGGCAGGGAUGUGUAUUUUGAGGAUGUCCGACUUCAGAUGGAAGCAAAACUCUGGGGAGAAGAGUACAACCGGCACAAGCCACCAAAACAGGUGGAUAUAGUACAGAUGUGUAUUAUCGAAAUGAAGAACAGACCUGGAAAGCCUCUUUUUCACCUGGAACAUUACAUUGAGGGCAAAUACAUAAAAUACAACUCGAAUUCUGGAUUUGUGCGGGACGACAACAUUCGUCUUACCCCACAAGCCUUUAGUCACUUCACGUUUGAGCGCUCAGGACACCAGCUCAUUAUUGUUGACAUCCAGGGUGUUGGAGAUCUUUACACGGACCCUCAGAUCCAUACAGAGAGUGGUACAGAUUUUGGGGACGGCAACCUAGGUGUUCGAGGUAUGGCCUUGUUCUUCCAUUCUCAUUCCUGCAACAAGAUUUGCAAAAGUAUGGGGCUUGCACCAUUUGAUCUUUCAUCCAAAGAGAAAGAUGCCUUGGACUGUAAUAGAAAAUUGCUUGAAUCCGCUCAAACCAUUCUCCGUGGCACAGAGGAAAAAUGUGGCAGCAGCCGGGUGAGGACACUCUCUGGUAGCCGACCCCCUCUGCUCUUUCGCCUGUCUGAGAACUCUGGAGAUGAAAGCAUGAGCGAUGUAGCAUUUGACUCUCUGCCCUGCUCUCCUUCCUCAGCAACCCCUCACAGCCAAAAGACGGACAUGCUUUGUUGGCCUGUGUUCAAUGAAGUAGAUAACCUUGUUCACAAAGACUAUGAUCAGCUUGAUAACCAAAGGGAUUGUGAGAACGGUGGAGACAGUGGAUAUCCCAGUGAAAAGAGAAGUGAGCUAGAAGACCUGGAUCAUAGAGAGAGGGGCCAUUCAAACAACAACCGAAGACAUGAAUCUGAUGAAGACAGUUUGGGAAGCUCUGCAAGGAUCAGUGUGGAGAAACUGAAUCUGUACAACUCUAGAAGAGUCCACAUCCACAGACCAUCCUGUGUUGCCCAAGAAAUUCAGAGGCUCAACGCACUAGAACUUGAAAAGAAAAUUGGGAAGUCAAUCCUUGGGAAGGUUCAUUUGGCCAUGGUUCGUUAUCAUGAAGCUGGGCGUUUCUGUGAGAAAGACAAGGAAUGGGAUCGGGAGUCAGCCCUGUUUCACCUGGAGCAUGCUGCAGACUGUGGGGAGCUGGAAGCCAUUGUUGGGUUAGGACUCAUGUGCGCUCAGCUGCCACAUCACAUUCUUUCUGAGGUCACUCUUGAGGACACAAAGGAAAACAGGAAUAAAGGAUUUGAUUACUUGCUCAGAGCAGCAGAAGCUGGAGACCGACCUUCCAUGAUUCUGGUAGCCAGAGCAUAUGAUACAGGUGUAAAUCUUGGGUCAGACAGAGUACAGGAUUGGAAGGAGGCACUGUACUGGUACAAUGCUGCACUGAACAUGACUGACAAUGAUGAGGGAGGUGAAUAUGAUGGCACUCAGGAUGAGCCCCGGUAUCUGCUCCUGGCCAGGGAAGCAGAGAUGUUAAUGACAGGAGGGUUUCACCUGAAUAAGGAUCCACAGAGAUCAGGUGAGCUGUACACCGAAGCAGCAGAAGCAGCAAUGGAAGCCAUGAAAGGCAGACUGGCAAAUCAGUACUACCAAAAAGCAGAAGAGGCUUGGGCGAUGAUGGAAGAAUAACAACGCAAUUAAGCAGUUCUUGUAUAUAAUUAUUUUUUAGACUUGCUGCAUUUGCAACUAAAAAGAUGUAUUUUUAUGUGGUGUUACCAGUUUCUUUUUUGUUAUUUUAGUUUUCUAAUUUUUGAGGGGGAAAAUCCAAUUGUAAGGGGUAUGUACAGUGCCAUAGCAUAGCUGGUGUUUGAAAGCUGUCAUACAGGCACACUUGACCUUUUGUAUUCUUUUUUAGCUGUUAGAACUGAGGGGCCUGAUUGUUUUGUUUAGGUUUCACAUGUCAUUUUUACACAGCAAAUGCUCAGUAUGUUUACAUUUGUCUUCUGCUCCUCACACACAGAAAAAAAAUUUUCCUAAAUUCUCAGCAUUUCUUCUUCAUUUUUGGUGUCUCUCACCAGAUUUGCGUGUGAGUGUCAAUUUUCAAUUUAAACAUGCAGCUGUUCAUUUUAAUAAGUUGUCAUACUCUUUUCCACUGGUGUUGUGGGCACUUCUGUAACUCUUUCCAAAUGAAUUCCAGGUAGAAUCCUUACAGUGACGGGAGGAGCAGGGAAGGUGCUUCUGAUUGGCAGUGAGGAUAUUCAGGGUAGAAUAUGUUUUAUUCACUACCAACAUUGCAUAUUUUACCAUCAGAAAAUGGCUGAUGUUCCUGAUGAGGUGACUCUCAUCGUUUACUUUUCUCAUUUUCACGUUUUGCACCAAAUUAUAGCCUAGUUACAUAAAAUUCUACUGAUCUUAUGUGAUAUUUGUCCAAUGAUGUACAGUAGCAAGGUCUGUAAUAUAUGGAUAACUUGAAGUUAUUUUUACAGUGACAUCUCAAUUCUCAGUGAAGCUAGAUCAUCUCAAUUAAAAUGAGAAUACACCUUCCACCAUUUCCAGAGGGAGUUUUGAAAAGGUUAGAGGCUGUUGAUUUACUUGUUUUUAUGUAUAGAAAAUAAUUUAUCUGUUUCAAAUAGCUUUUAAAAUAGUGUUUUAUCUGUGAAUGGUUUCAAAUGCCAGUUAAAGAAAAUUGCUGUUUAAAAAGAGGAAACAAUAUUAUCCCCAUACACUUGAUUUUCUGUAUCCUGUUUGCAUAACCCUAAUCAGUAAUGGGAGGACAAAUAAAUGUUGGUAAUUGAAUUAGCAUUGUAUAGAGAUAAAUUUCUUCCAAAUCCAGUGUUUUAUUCUAAAGCUGUUGUCUCAUCUGUACAGUUAGUACAGAAGAUGUUCCUAUUUCUUGGUCAUGGUUUACAUUCAUUUUGCAGGAGAUUGAGAUGGAAGCUUUUUGGCCUUACAGCCUUCUGAGGGUGUAAAUUGAUAUGAAUAAGGAGCAGCCCCUCUGAAGUGCUGAAUGAUGAGUAAUGCUCACCAGCCUCACUUAGCCAAGCUUUUAAAAGCAUGCUUAAACUAAGCAGGGUGCUAGAUGAUGCAGUUGAUUUAAUUGGGAUUUCUUGCAUGUAUAGCCAAGUAAUACUAAUUUCUUGUAAAACAUAGAAACCAUUGGAGGAACAGAAAUCAGUUUGUCCUUUCCUGUGCGAGUUCCUGUCACUGGGCUCCAAAGUUGCUCUACCCAUUUACUUUAUCAAACAGAUCAUAGAAUCAUAGAACGGUCUCAGUUGGAAGGGACAUUAGAAAUCAUCUAGUUCCAAACCCCUGCCACCAGCCAGGACACACCUUCCUUUGGACACCUUUGGACUUGAUGAUCUUAAAGGUCUUUUCCAAUCAAAUCAAUUCUAUGAUUCCACCAGACCAGGUUAUUCCAAGCCCCAUCCAACCUGACCUUGAACUGCCAGGGAUGGGGCAGGCACAGCUUUUCUGGGAACUUGCGCCAGUGCCUCACCACCUUCAUAGUAAAGAACUUCUUCCUAAUGUCUAACCUAAAUCUAACAUCUUCCAGUUUAAAUCUUCCAUUCCCCCAAGUCCUAUCACUAUGUGCCCUUGUAAAAAGUUCCUUUCUGUAUUUCUCUUAUCUUGAAUUGUUGUUUAAACAAUAUUCAAGCAUGAUGUUAGUGUCUGAAAGAGGUGGUAUCCUGGUGGUUAAGGAAGUGAGACAGGAAGAAUCCUUUCUAGGAGAGAAGGAAAAGUUAUCCUUGGAUGUUGUACUUGCGGGUGGAUGCUGUAACCCCAGGCAGUUAUAGCUGUGAGUAGCCUUGCAACACAUGGCCACAUUUUCUUGCUUACGUUCUUUUUAUUUUGGUUUUGUUUUAUUGUAAAGGUGAAGCUCUUCACCCAUUAAUGGAGGAAUGUUUAAUUUCUAGAUCUCAAUUGGACUUAAGUAGUUAGCAAGCUAGGUACCGAAAUAACCAGAUUUUUGACCUAAUAAGCUGAAAUAGAACCAGAGUUUGUAGGAUCACAAGUCAGAUGGAUGUUCUAAGUGCCUAGCCAAAGUUCUGCUUUAGGUGCCUAAAGCCUCAUUUGGAUGUGGCCUUUUUGCUCUUCAGUUCAUAAUAUGAAAAUACCAGCUCUUAAUGAAGGGUGAAGGUGCCAUUUCCCUCUGAAGACAGCUUAAUAGUCAGCGUUUUGUGCAGAACUGAUACAGUGUAGACAUUAUAACAAAUUCAGACAGAAGGAUUUGUUUUCCUCAUAAGGUGUUGCUGCCAAGUCUUUGAGAUCUUGUUUGAGAAGGAAGCAUGUGUAAGAGGAACAACCACCAUGUAGGGAACAGAGGAGAUUGAGUGUGCUCAUCCAAAACGUGUCCAUAAAGGGCAUAGACUGUGAUUAUUGACACUUUUUGAUGUAGUUUAAUUUGCUAAAUUCAGUAGUUGCUGACAGUUCUCUGUAGAUCUGUUAUGUAAAUGUAGACACAGCUCAGUGGAAAGAUUAUGAUGAUUAAUUCUUCGUGGCAAAUACUACUUUCUUUGUGAUGUACACUACCUUCUGCCCGAAGGUGGUAUCACAUUUUUCAGCUGUACAGUAAAUACAAUUGACAGAUAAUUUGCAAAUGGAAAAUGUUUACAGAAAUAUGCACAACUUCUUCUGUGACAUUCUUUGGAAGAGAAAACCUAUAUAUUUGACAAACUCUUGGAAUGAUAUUGCUAUAAUGCUGUAUUUUUAAUCUAUUCACAAUGAAUAAAUAAAAAUUUUGUAUUUUUAAAAAAUGUGAAAAUAAAGCUGAGGCUCAGCCUGCCAGAACUUACUCAGGUUCAGUGUUUCCAAAUGGCAGUGGAAAUAUUGCCUGGGUAAGGAAAGGGAGGUGGAAGCCUUUGUUUGUAUGUCAGACAUGCAAAUACCAAUUGCCUGCAUCACUUAGUCCUCUCAUUGACUUUGUCUGGUUUCAUUCUGGCUGGUCAAUAAAGCUGUUCUUUUUGUCACUUUU